AUGGCUCUGCAGGAUGUGUGCAAGUGGCAGGCUCCAGACACCCAAGAACCAGAACCUCACCUGCCUCAGGCUGGCAGCUGGGCUGUGCCCCGGGGCUGUGACCCUCAGACCUUCCUGCAGAUCAAUGGCCCCAGGCUGGCCCAUGGCACCACCACCUUGGCCUUCCGCUUCCGUCAUGGAGUCAUUGCUGCGGCUGACACACGUUCCUCCUGUGGCAGCUACGUGGCCUGUCCAGCCUCGCGCAAGGUCAUCCCUGUGCACCAGCACCUCCUGGGGACCACCUCUGGCACCUCUGCUGACUGUGUCACAUGGUACCGGGUGCUACAGCGGGAGCUACGGCUUCGGGCACUGAGAGAGGGUCAGCUGCCCAGUGUGGCCAGUGCUGCCAAGCUCUUGUCAGCCAUGAUGUCCCGCUACCGGGGGCUGGAUCUGUGUGUGGCCACUGCCCUGUGUGGCUGGGACCGCUCUGGCCCUGCUCUCUUCUAUGUCUACAGCGAUGGCACCCGCCUGCAGGGAGACAUCUUCUCGGUGGGCUCUGGAUCUCCCUAUGCCUAUGGUGUGCUAGACCGUGGCUACCGCUACGACAUGACCACCCAGGAAGCCUAUGCCUUGGCUCGCUGUGCCGUGGCCCAUGCCACCCACCGUGAUGCCUACUCAGGGGGUUCUGUGGACCUUUUCCACGUGAGGGAGAGUGGAUGGGAGUAUGUGUCACGCAAUGAUGCCUGUGUGCUGUACACAGAGCUACAGAAGCUCCCAGAACCAGAGCUGGAGGAGGAGGCAAGCCAGGCCCAUCCUGAGGCUGCCACUCCCCACAGAGCUGGGGAAGGUGGAGAACUCUCUGCAGAGGCCAGGGGAGGUGAGACCAGGAGACUCCAGGAUGUCAACAGAGACUGA